AUGGCGGCCCUCGGCGUCAAUGCGAGCCUGGUGUUCGCCGCCAGUAGCAUUGGUGAGCUCUGGUACGUCCCCACCUUCCAUCCUGACCAGGCUAUCCACUUCGGGAGCUUGGAGUUCGUGGCCAUCCAGCUCGGUCAUCUUCGCCUCCGCGAAAGCACCCGGAGCUAUGACCAUCUCCUCGUGGUGGUGGACAAGUUGUCCAAGUGGAUCGAGGUGAAGCCGGUCCCCCAAAUCCGCUCCGACGUCGCAGUAGAGUUCUUCCUUGACAUCAUCUACCAGUUCGGGGCUUCGGUCGCCCACCCCUGGUCCAACGGACAGGUCGAGAGGGCCAACAGCAUGGUCCUGAAGGACCUAAAGGCCUGCAUCUUUAGCCGCCUCAACAAGUUCGCGGGAAGGUGGGCCGGAGAGGUGCCAAUAGUGUUGUGGAGCCUGCACACGAGCCCCAACCGGUCCACGGGCUUCACCCCUUUCUUCAUGGUGUACAGAGCCGAAGUCAUGCUCCUGACCGACCUUGACUAUGGUGCGCCGAGGGUCCAGGCGUACGAUGAGGGGGGGUUGGAGGAGUCGCUAUAG